ACAAUAUCGAUAUUGAAACACCAACCACUUAAACGAGCCGAGUAGGCCCAGCGUGAUCUCCAAAACAUUAACAGAGCCAGAAAAAUUAAAACAGAAGAAAAUAUAAAAAUAUAAUUAAUUAAGAGGGAGAAAUGGAGCAAUCCGCAUAGUUAUGGCGUCGUGCGUGCUAUCGACCACUUUGGUAACACCUCCCACUACACUUGACAAAUCCCGAAUUAAGCCCUCAACGAACUCUGAAAAACUGUCUCUCUGCUCAUCGUCAUCGUUUUUUAAGGUUGGAGUUAGAAAAAGGAAGGUAAAGUGCAAGGCCGUUAGCGAAAGCUCCCAGGGGUCCGUUGAUCGAUCUGUUUAUCAAGGCGCUUUUGGCCCCUGGACCGUUGAUCCUAAAGACGUCCGCGAGGUUGUUUUAUACAGAUCAGGAUUAGUGACUGCUGCUUCAUCGUUUGUAAUUGCCGCAUCAGCUGCAUUUUUACCUGACAACUUUGCAUUUAAAGAAAUUAUUGAGCAAAAUCUUAAUUUGUUUUACUUGAUUGCUGCUGGUGGACUGGGCCUAUCCUUAUAUUUGAUUCACAUCUAUGUAACUGAGAUUAAACGUACCCUUCAAGCAUUAUGGGCACUUGGAGUGGUUGGGUCAUUGGCAACCUAUGUGACCCUUGCUCAACCUGCUGGGGAGAACUUGGUGCAGUAUGUUCUCGAUAACCCAACGGCUGUCUGGUUUAUUGGCCCUCUUUUUGCUUCAUUGACAGGACUUGUUUUCAAAGAAGGCCUCUGCUAUGGGAAGUUGGAAGCUGGUAUUCUAACAUUCAUUAUACCCACAGUGCUUCUUGGGCACCUGACUGGUUUGAUGGAUGAUGGAGUGAAACUUACUUUAUUGGGUUCCUGGAUGGCUCUCUUUGUUAUAUUUGCUGGAAGGAAGUUUACUCAGCCCAUUAAGGAUGAUAUCGGUGACAAAUCUGUCUUCAUGUUCAAUUCUCUACCCGAGGAUGCAAAGAAAGCUUUGAUUGAGAAACUUGAGCAACGGAAAGUACAGUCAGAGAGCCAAGAAGAUACACUUCAAUAAGAGGUCUGUUAAUUAAAAUGGGGAAAAAUUUUUGAGGUAGUUAAUUUUGUUAGUGUGCUCUGAAUGUUGUCUGUGAUGUUUCUUUAGUUAGCUUAAGACUUAAAUAUAGCAUGAAAACUUUUCAGCCUCCAGAUUGUUGGUGUCUUCACUUCAUCUUGAGAAUAAAUGUGUAAAAAUAUUUGGUUUUUUCUUUUCUGGGUAGAUGAUAAAAAUAUUUAUUACUGUAAAUAAUAUAACCAAAUACAUUUACCCUUUAAAGACAUCUAUAGAGUUGUAGAAUUUUAAUCUUAGAGGAUAUGAUCUCUUUUAUUAAUGUAGUUUGACAGUUAUUCAUCCUUUUUCCAUGUGAAUAACAUGAUGUUAUGGUCAUUGAAGAGGAUGUGUAGUUUGACAGUUGCCAUCUGCUGAUAGUUUGAUAAUAGUUUCAUAAUGAUUUUGACUAAAUAGUUACCUUCCAAACUACAAACAAGAAACAAGAAACCAUCUCCCACAUAUACAAAUGAAGAAGAAAACCAUUAACUUGUUACGAAAAUAGUGAAGCAUGCUUGAGAUUUUACCCUAAUAUCUCCUUUUGUUUUGAUUUAUUUAAUUUAUUUAAUUUUGCUGACUGAAAAAUAUUGGCAUUCAAUGGUGUACACUGUUACUUCCAAACAACUCAAGGAAAAUUUACACUCUGCUGCAUUAGUUUGCAGUCCUUUGUUUUCAUCCACUUCAGAUUUAACAGAACCACCUUCAAUCUUACCUUUUUCAACAUCAGACCGCUCAAGCAUUGGCCUUGACAAGAUGACUUACCGUUAUGAGCACUCACUUUCUUAAAAUUGUGUGUUUCUGGGGGUUUAGCUUCCAUAUCAGAUUUCAGACUGUAAUGUUCGGCUUCCUCCAAAAGUUGACUAUUUGCACUAAACAUUUCAGCAUCUAUCAUCCGCAGCUACAUCUGUUUCUCAAUGCCUGCUGUAAACUUCUUUACUGGACUCAUCAGACUUUUCCUCUCAUACAUUUCUGUGUCUUAGUGACUCUAUCACAAUCAUUAGUUCCCUGUUAACCUGCCAUGAGACCAGAUGUCAUCAAGGGAAAUUUAUGGCUGCAAUUUAUUAUUGGCAUUUCAUUUUGAUCGUAGUGGAACAAAAUUAGCAUUUUUCAGUGUGUUUUUGUAUUGCACUACUCAAUUCAAUUAGAUCCAUUCACCACACUUCUUAAAUAAAUGUUAUAAAUUUUUAAAAUAAAAAAGUUAUGAAGAUAGCAUACUUUCAGCAUAGAUGAAAUUCACUUGUUAUGCAUGCUGUGGUUUCUAGUAUAUCAAGAGUACCUGACACAGCCUCUAGUACCUGAGGAUUACGAAGAAAUUCAGCUAUAUCAUUUGAACGUAAAGGUAGAAAUUCAGCUAUAUCAUUUGAACAGAAAGGGCGUUUAUGUUAGUAUAUCCCUUAGAGCCAAUAGAAUUGGAUCAAGGGAACACCAUUAUUUAUGUGUCAAAUUUACUUAUAAAUAAGUUAACAGGGGGUUUCCUUCAUCAAAGAGUAUUAUCAAAUACACAUUGGAUGAAGUCCAAGGAAUUAUAAAAUGUUAUAAUUAUGAGAUACUUAGGCCUCGAAUAUCAUUUUUAAAUAUAGUUCUUGGGCGAUACAUUGUUGAGAUUGGACAUCGACAAAAUACAAAGUUCAGCACAAAUUAUGUUUUUAACUUCAUGAAAUAAGCAAAACUAGUCUCAUAGAUUGAGAAAUGGUGGUAUUUGCAUGUCGGGUUUUGUUAGAUGAACAAGUUUUAUGAAUAA